AAGGAAAAACGCAAACUUGGUAGCUUUUGUGCUCUCUGGUUUCAACAAAGAUUCACAAAGAAAAGAUGAUGCUGGUGAGAAGAAGAUUGGGUUGCUGCAGCAGGGAUAGGGAGAUUAGCAUUGAUUUCGAUGAACAAGAUAGAAUGAUUACAUACGACGGCUUGGAAGCUUGUAUUAUCAACAAUCAGUCAUAUGAAGAAGAAGAAGAAGAAGAAGAGAGUGGAACAAACGGAUGCAGCCUGACAGAUUCAUUGGAAGAUGAUGCAUUCUCAAGCUGUUCAUCAAGCAAAGAGGCCUCCAGCUCUUUUUCUUCAAAAUGGUUACCGAUGAAGCAUGAAGAACACUGUUCCAAUGGGUUGAACUUAUCUGGAAGGUCCAAACAGUUUGAUGGUAAGGAGAAACCAAGCUACGUCUACUGCCAUUUGGAUGUGGAAGCUAUGAAGGAGAAAUUCUCAAAGCUAUUGCUUGGGGAGGAUGUCACUGGGGGAUGCAAGGGUAUCCAAGUAGCUUUGGCUUUGUCUAAUGCUGUAACACAUCUCGCUAACUCGAUAUUUGGGGAGCUAUGGAAACUGGAACCUCUCUCUGAGGAGAAGAAACAGAAAUGGAGAAGAGAAAUGGAUUGGCUACUUUCUCCAACUAACUACAUGAUUGAGUUAGUCCCUACUAAGCAAACUGAUGCCAAUGGAAGAUCAAUUGAGAUAAUGACACCGAAAGCUCGUGCAGACAUUCAUAUGAAUCUCCCAGCUCUUCAGAAACUGGACUCCAUGCUAAUUGAGAUAUUGGACUCAAUGGUGAAAACAGAGUUUUGGUAUUCAGAAACCGGUAGUAGAGCUGAGGGGACGAACAAGACGACAAGCGAGAGCAAGCGAUGGUGGCUUCCAUCACCAAAAGUGCCCAAACCUGGUCUCUCUAACUCAGCAAGAAAGAAACUGCUAGACAAGGGCAAAGUUGUUUAUCAAGUCUUCAAAGCUACUAAAUCCAUAAAUGAAAACGUUCUUCUCGAAAUGCCAGUACCAUCCAUUAUCAAAGAAGCAAUACCCAAAUCUGGAAAGAACAGCCUCGGUGAUGAACUGUACAAAAUGUUGGUUGCAGAAUCAACCACAGUGGAUGAAAUCCUUGUAUCUCUCAAGCUUGGGACCGAACAUACUGCGCUCGAGACUGUUAACAAGUUAGAAUCUGCUAUAUUUGCAUGGAAGGAAAGGAUUACAGAGCAGGAAAUCAACACUAAAUCUCCUGUGAGGACACCGUGGUCAUUUGCUAAAGAUCCAUUGUCUGACACUGGUCGGAAUGAGUUUCUCUUGAACAGAGCGGAAGCACUUAGAAGUCAGAUCAAAUCCAAGUACCCUAAUCUUCCUCAGUCGUUUCUUGAUGCCACAAAAAUUCAGUAUGGCAAGGACGUAGGUCAUGCGGUUCUUGAGGCAUAUUCAAGAACACUUGCUAAUUUGGCGUACAGGAUACUUUCAAGAAUGGGAGAGAUAUUGAAAGAAGAUUCUUUGAGUAACCCAAACUCUCCUGCGCCACCGAGUUGUUUCCCUAGCUCUCGUGAUCUUUACAGAACACCUGAGAGGCCUUUGCUUUCGUCUCGUGCAAGGCAUUCUCUAACAGAUGACAUGAAGAAAGCCGAUGGGAUACAGGCGGAAACUGGUUUAGAUUUCUUGUUCGCAGAUGCUAAGGUCAGUUCGGUGAGUGCAGCAACUCCGAGCAGGAGCAGUAGGAUAUGGUGUAUGAGCAAAGUACCGCCUGAUGCUUCUCCUUGAUUUAGAGGGCUUACUUAAAGUUCGAUGCGUGCCACCUGAAGCUUCUCCUUUUCUUUUGUUUUAGAGGGUCCCUUUAAAUUAUGGAGUCUCGGAUAUUGUAAAUGUAUUGAUAACAUGCUCUAAACAAUGAAUAUUAGCAAUUUUGUUCAUAACUGUGGACUGUGGAGGAAAAGAAAACAUGAACUUUCAAUUUUAAAUCUU